ACAAUGCUGCUCUUUGUACUAAGUUAUCUUUUCAUGGCAUGUGAAAGGCGGAGCUGUAUUUUGUGCUAAUGUGCAAAGUACCAACAGUAACAUUUCUUACUGGAACUAUCCGUGAUUAGCCUGCACUGAGAAGCUUGUCAAACUUUGUGUCUCCUGUUUUAAAAAUGACUUCCUUUACAGAUGUCUUACGAAAAAAUCUGAAGGAGAUCCAUGGCUACCCCAUGGUGUAUGCUUUUGCUGACAACUGGGAGAAGAUCGAGGCAUUUCAAAGCAGGCCAGAUGACAUUGUGAUUUCCACCUACCCUAAAUCGGGUACCACUUGGGUUAGUGAAAUUGCAGAUCUGAUUCUGAAUGAUGGAGAUAUUGAAAAAUGUAAGAGAGAUGUUAUUACUGCUAAAGUUCCAAUGCUGGAAUUUAAUUUUCCUGGAAUGCCAGUAUCAGGUAACUAUAUAAUCUU